AUGUUUUGUGAACACAAAGGAAUAUAAUCAUUUUGUAUCACUUGUCAAUAAAUAAUCUGUGAAUAAUGUAUUUGUUGUAGUAAUCCAAAAAAAAUAAAUUUACCCGACAAUGAUUUAAAUGCACUUUGUUCAAGAUGUGAUUAAAUCUAAGCUGAAUUAAGUUGUGAAUAAUGCAAAUUUCAAUUUUGUUAAGAAUGUUUUCAAUAAGUUCAUAACAUAGGGAAAUUCUCAACUCAUAUCAAAAUUGCAAUCAAUUAAGUAUUACACUAAUAAAUAGUUAAAUAAUUAUAAAUUAUUACAGAAUUUGAAUAAUACUCUUAAGAACAAAUUAAUUCAGUUCUGAGAUAUUUUGAUUAGAUUCAAGAAGUAUUAGAUAGGAAAAAGAAAUAAUUAAUUGAUGGUAUUUCCAAUUAUCGUAGUUAAUAAAUGAAAAUGCUUAAAUAAAGAAUAAAUAUAAUUGAAGCAGCUGUCAAAAUAAAUUCAGAACAAUCUUUUGAAAUCCCAGAAUGUCUAAUUUAUUAAAAAGAAACAUUUAAUUUAACCGCCAAAGAAUAAAUUAUCGAGUUUAUAUUAAAUAUUGAUUUUUAAAAAAAUCUUGAUUAAAGUACAAUUAGUCCACGUCGAAUUCAUACUUAGUCAAGUGUUAGAAGAAGUGCAAGUUGUAAAAAAUUAGAUAAUCAAGAAAAAAUUAUUGAAGUUUGUGAAACUUUUGAAAAGAGAAAAUUUAUUAAAUAAUUAUGCUAAUCAAAUUCUAUUUAGUUAUAAUGGACUCAUUCUAAAUAAAAGGUUGAUUAUAAUUUAGAAAUGGGUAUAGGAAUGAAAAUCAAAGGAAUUGAAUAGUUUAAAUAAAUUUAUAAAGGUAUAGAGCCAUAAUUUACAAUCACUGGAUUAUAAACAAAAACUAAUUAUAAAUUUAGAGUUUAAAGUAUAUUUGAAAAUAAAACAAGUGAAUUUAGUGAAAUCUUAAAUUUAACUACAUCUUAAUAAUAAUCUGUUGAGGAUAGUCUAAUAAUAUCUAAAAAAAUAAUUAAUAAUGAUAUAUAAGUAUAAUUUGAGAAACCUGGAUUAGUUUUAGGCACUAAUCCAUUAUAUUUUGGAGUAUGGUCUUGGGAAAUCAAAUUAAUAAUUAAUGGAAUAAUUGAAGAUUUAACAGCAAGUUUAGUUGUUGGUGUAGCUAAUAAAUAGAGAAAGAUUAUUGGAACUACAUUAAAUUAUGGGUAUUAAAGAGAAUCCUUGAUUAUUAAGGUCUUAGUUGAUAUGGACAAUAAAUGGAUGACUAUAACUUCGAAAAUGCAUCCAAAUGGAGAGAGAUUCUAAAAUUUAAUAGGUCCUGUGUUUCCAGCAUUUUAGAAUAAAAAUACUCAUAAAGGAUCAGGAUGUAAAUUAUUGAUAUAAUAUUAAUAAUUAUGAAUAAAAAAGAAUUGAGGAAGCUUAAUUCAUUUGUAGAUAAAGAAGUAUUCAAUCUAACAGGUGGCCUCUAUCCAUUUGCUCUUUUCUCAUAAACAAAACCUCUAAAUCAUUAGAAAUGGGCUCAAGAAGAGAUAUUAUUAACUAAUUAGAAAAUUCAAAAAGUAAAGGUGUGGGUACCUGAAUAAGAAAAAGGAUAAAUGUUUACUGGAGAGAAAGUCAAUUAUGAUCCAGAAUAUCUUGAUUUUAAGGAAGGAGAAAUAAGUGUUGAUAAUGAUUGGAGUUUUGAAGAGACAUAAUAUUUAUUCAAUCAAUUAAGGAACUACAAUUACAAUUUUAUAGUACUUUCUGAUAGAUAUUAAUAUCAAAAUAAAAAUAGAGAUAUUUAUGAAUUGAAAGAUAGAUAUUAUAGUAUUGUUAAUGAGGUAUUAUAGAAAAGAAAUGAAACAUCUCAUUUUCUAUACAAUUAUGUUUAUGAUGAAGAAUAUGAUCGAUUUAGAAAUAUGGAACUUGAAAAAUAUUUAAAAAGAACAAAACAAAUAUGUGAUGAAGAAAAGAAGUUGCAAGAAGAUUUAAAGAAAGUUGAUCUAUAAAUAAAAAAGUAAGAGAGGGAACACAAAAGUUUAUGCAAAUCUAUAAAUUUAUAAGAAUAUGAUGUAAAAUGUAUUUAUCAUUUAGGACAUUGAUGAUUAAUCUAUUAAUUAUAUUAUAGAUAUGUCAUAAAGAAAUGAGGAAGUUAAAAAGACUACAACAGAGAGAAUAGUUUAUUUAAGAAAUAAAUGGAUUAAUGAAGCAUUACCAUUACCUACUUCAAUUAAAGAUAAAUUGGAUCGGUAAUUAAAAGAAGUGCUUUAAAAUACUAAAUUAGCUUUAAAUUAAGAAAUAGAAGAAUUAUUCUGUAAUCUACGUAAACUUUAAUUGGGUGUAUUGAGUUAAUAAAGAUUAUAAAAAAGAAGAGAAUAAGAUAAAAAACAUUUGGAAGAUAAAAUUAAAAAACUUAAAGCUUAACAUGAUUCACAAUAAGCUAGUGAUAUGAAAACUAAAAAAUGA